AUGUUUGACGUGAACACUGUUCUCGAGAAUUACGGUCUAUUUGGUGUCUUCGUCGAAAUCACCGUGAUUGAGCUGGCUAACACAUAUUUUCAACGAGAUGCCGUUGCAAAUCCAUGUCCAAUAGUCACGUCAUGCUACCGCCGCUCAAAAGCUGUUCGACGAGCCGCGUACGUGUUCCUCACUCAGAUGCUAGCGGCCUAUAUCUCAUUCUUUCUUGCAAGAGCUUUCUGGAAGCUGCAAAUUCAUCCCAUUCAUGCGGAACUCCUCGCCGCUCAGCACUGUACUGCGGAUUUGACGAUUGCUAUUACCACUGGCUGCCUCAUCGAAGGUGGAGCGACAUUUUUAGGCAAGUACCAUUUUGAGCUUUGA